UGUUUGCGACUAGCCUCGCCACCGGACUUUGUCAGAAUGGCAUCUUCGCAUAUGUCUCAGGUUUCGCGCAGCCUUCCUACACGCAAGGCAUCAUGGUGGGACAAGCAGUCGCUGGGAUUCUACCUUGCAUCGCGCAGAUCAUUUCCGUGCUUUCCGUCUCUGAACGAGACCGUCCGGACAAACCGCCUGGUGACCACCCACCCCCACGAGGCCCGCCGCCAGUACAUCCUGACAGCGCCUUUGGAUACUUUCUUGCAGCCACCGCAAUCUCGGUGAUCACUCUCCUGGCCUUCAUGUACUUGAUGGCACGCAACAAGCAGCCCCAGAAGCUGCGCAAUGAUGACCUGCCAGAUGUGGCUAACGCGCCGGAGGAGCGCAAAGAAGUACCCUUACUGUUUCUGUUCAGAAAAGUCUUCUGGCUAGCAAGCGCGGUGUUCCUCACCUUCGCCGUCACCAUGGUCUUUCCGAUCUUCACUCAGCGCAUUACCUCGGUUCGACCCGUUCACGAGCAACCUCCUCUUCUGCAACCGCCUUCCUUCAUUCCACUAGCGUUCCUAUUUUGGAAUAGUGGUGACCUGCUCGGUCGUCUCCUCACAGCCCUACCAUCUCUGUCCCUUGUCCGCAGGCCACGCCUACUGUUCCUUUUCGCAGUCCUUCGAUCGGCAUGGGUUGGGCUGUACCAUCUCUGCAACAACCGAGGAAAUGGAGCAAUUGUGUCAUCCGAUAUCUUCUACCUUGUGGUAGUGCAGUUGGGCUUCGGCUUGUCGAACGGCUAUCUUGGCAGUAUAUGCAUGAUUGGCGCAGGCGAAUGGGUUGAGCCCGCAGAGCGAGAGGCUGCUGGAGGGUUCAUGGGGCUGUGUCUCGUGGCUGGCUUGACGGUCGGCAGUCUGGCAAGCUUUUUCGUGGCGGGAGGAUGAGUCGCAGGGCUCACAUUCAGACAUACCGUUGAGACCACGUCUACAAAAAAAAUAAAACCACCAAGGGAACUAGCUGCUGAUGACGGCAUCGCGACAAGUCGUGCAUCAAUCCGAGUGGUCUUACUAUUGUCCCUCAACGCACUCUCACUCGCCAGGAGCGUACUGGUAUCGGUCGAAAUCUGGCCUUCCACGUCCUUGGUUGUGCGGCCACUACAAAACGCUGUGAUAUAUGGCAGCAGAGCCUCGCGCAAUCUGUUGAAUGCCUUUGGCGGGCGAGCGCAUGCGCGUGCGAAGAAAUUGAAUGAUUUCGCGGCUCCCUCUUCGCUAGCUCGCCUCGUGAGCGCCGUUUCCC